UAACCGUUUGUGAGCUGAAUUCGUCGUUUUAUUUUGUCAAGUUCAUUUCUAUUUUUCGUCACUUACACACCUAAGUAUACAUAUUUAUACUCGUCAAUCAUUAUAUUUUGUCUAGUGGGUGUCAGUUUCCACGUUUUCAUCAUAAUUUUCGUUUUGUUUUCAUCAACUGUUUACUAAUGUGAAGGAUCGCGCCAUGAUUUUUAUAUCAACAUGUCUUUUGUGUCCGCAGGAAACUUUCAUAUAACCUGCUCCAGUGCCAGAUCGAACAGUAGACGUGCCAGCUCAUCUCUUUGUUUUAAUCCGACGUUCAUCUCAAAUGCAUCUGUCAGACUAUUAUUGACUCUGACCUGGUGUGUUGCAAAGGACAUGGUUAUUCUGAUUUUGGAAUUAUGCCGACUGUUUGGACAACUCUCAAAAACUGCCAUUACAUGCGAAAGCUUAGAGCACGAAUGUUCAAGUCGAAAUAUUAUGAAAUUAGGCCAAAUUUCAAAAUCAGAUGCCGACGCAUGGAUGGGAUAA